AUGGAGACAAUUAUUUCCACAACUACCGAAACUGCACUUCAAAUUGGAGGUGGUGUGGUAAAACGACAAUUGGGCUACUUUUUUAAUUACAAUGAGAAAUUUCAAGAGUUGAAAGAUUACAUUGUGAUGCUGGGUGAUGCUAGGAAGAGGGUACAGAAUGAAGUUAAGAAAGCAGAGAGGAAUGCAGAAGAAAUUGAAGAUGACGUUCAUAAUUGGUUCAAACAGGUGGAUGGAAAGAUAAAAAAAUAUGCAAGUUUUAUUGUAGAUGAACGCCAUUCAAAGAUCAGUUCAAUUGGUUUCUUUCCAAAUAACUUGCAUUUAAGGUAUAGGUUAGGAAGGAAUGCUACCAAGAUGAUAGAAGAAAUAAAAGCAGAUGAACAUUGGAAAAAGAAGUUUGACAGAGUUUCCUAUCGAGUAUUUCCAACUGUUGAUUCUGCUUUGACAACCACUGGUUAUGAAAGCUUUGGCUCAAGAAACAAAACUUUGGAGAUGAUUAUGAAAACUCUCGAAGACUCUAAAACUAAUAUGGUUGGAGUUUAUGGGGUUGGUGGUGUGGGUAAGACCAUUUUAGUGAAAGCAAUUGCCAAGAAAGUUCAGGAAAAGAAACUAUUCAAUAUGGUGGUUAUGGCAAACAUAACAAGAAAUCCUGAUAUAAAAAAUAUUCAAGGACAAAUUGCAGAGAUGUUAGGAAUGAGAAUGGAAGAGGAAAGUGAAACUCUAAGAGCAGAUCUAAUUCGAAAGAGGUUAAAGAAAGAAAAGGAGAACACACUUAUAAUCCUAGAUGAUCUCUGGGAUGGACUGGACUUGAAUAAAUUGGGGAUUCCAAGUAGUGAUGAUGAAGAUGAUGAUAACCAAUGGGAUGUUAAGGAUAUUUCUGAUUUUGGUUAUAAUAAGAGGGAAAAAGAAGAUAUGUCUAUUGAUUUUGAUAAGAUGAAAAAGGACAAGUCAUCUGCAGAUUCCAAUAAGGUAAAAAAAGAAAAGGUACCAAUCGAUCACAAAAGAUGCAAAAUUCUUCUAACAUCUAGAAGUAAAGAAGUAAUAUGUAAUCAAAUGGAUGUGAAGGAUCAAUCAACUUUCUUGGUAGGAGUCAUUGAUGAAAAGGAGGCAGAAACCUUGCUUAAGAAAGUGGCUGGUAUACAUUCCACAAAUUCUGUGUUUGAUAGGGAAGUUACUGAAAUUGCCAAAAUGUGUGCUGGGUUGCCUAUAGCAUUAGUUUCCAUUGGCAGGGCACUAAAGAAUAAGAGCGCUUCUGUAUGGGAGGAUGUCUAUCGACAAAUCAAAAGACAAAGUUUUACAGAAGAGCAGGAAUCUAUUGAAUUCUCUGUAAAGUUGAGCUAUGAUCAUCUUAAAAAUGAUGAGCUUAAGUGUCUUUUUUUACAAUGUGCUAGAAUGGGAAAUGAUGCUUUGAUUAUGGAUUUGGUGAAAUUCUGUAUUGGUUCGGGUUUGCUUCAAGGAGUCCACACAAUUAAAGAAGCAAGAAACAGAGUAAAUGUGCUGAUAGAAGGGCUAAAAGACUCAAGCUUGUUGGUGGAAAGUUAUUCCAUUGAGCGCUUCAACAUGCAUGACAUUGUGCGUGAUGUUGCUCUUUCAAUAUCAUCAAAAGAAAAACAUGUACUGUUUAUGAAAAAUGGCAUACUAGAUGAGUGGCCGCAUAAGGAUGAACUUAAAAGGUACACUGCUAUUUUCUUACAAUAUUAUGAUUUCAAUGAUCUUCCUAAGCAUAUACAUUGUCCUAAACUACAAGUCUUGCAUAUCAGCAGUAAAGAUGAUUUAAUGAAGAUACCAAACAACUUUUUCGAAGAUAUGUUUGAGCUGAGAGUCUUAAUAUUAACUGGUGUUAAUUUUUCACGCUUACCUUCUUCCCUUAAAUGCCUAAAAAAACUAAGAAUGCUUAGUUUGGAGAGAUGUAGUCUAGGAAAGAACCUAUCAGACAUUGGAAUGUUAAAGAAAUUGCGAAUCCUUACUCUUUCAGGAUCUAAUAUUGAAAGUUUGCCCCAUGAAUUCGGGCAAUUGGAUAAACUACAACUUUUUGACUUAAGCAAUUGUCCAAAACUAAGAAUAAUACCUCCCAAUAUCAUAUCAAGGAUGAAGAGUUUGGAAGAGUUCUAUAUGAGAGACUACUCAAUUCAAGAGAAGGAAGAGCAGAAUAUCCAAAGUCUAAAUGCUACUCUUGCUGAGUUGAUGCAGUUAAAUCAGUUAAGAACUCUAGACAUACACAUUCCAAGUGUUGCCAAUUUUCCGCAAAACAUGUUCUUUGACAAGUUAGAGAGUUACAAGAUUGUCAUUGGAGAACUCAACAUGCUAUCAUUGGUGGAAUUCAAAGUAUUGGAUAAGUAUGAAGCGGUGAGGUUUUUGGCACUGAACCUAAGAGGUAAUCAUAUUAACAUUCAUUCUCAAAAAUGGAUUAAGAUGUUGUUUAAAAAUGUUGAAUAUUUGCUGCUGGGAGAUCUCAAUGAUGUUAAUGAUGUUCUCUAUGAAUUCAAUGUUGAAGGGUUUGCAAAUUUGAAACAUCUAUAUGUUGUAAACAAUUUUGGCAUCCAGUUUAUUAUUAACUCAGUGGAGCAGUUUCAGCCUUUACUAGCUUUCCCCAAACUGGAGUCCAUGAGUCUUUACAAACUAGAGAAUUUGGAGAAAAUAUGUGACAAUAAGCUCACAAGGGACUCUUUCAGCAGAUUAAAGAUCAUCAAUGUUAAAACAUGUGGUCAAUUGAAAAAUAUUUUCUCUUUUUCAAUGAUUGAAUGUUUUGGCAUGCUUGAAAGAAUUGAAGUGUGUGAUUGUGAUUCUUUGAAGGAGAUUGUUUCUGUUGAAGGAGAAUCAUAUAAUGCCGAUGCUAUUGAAUCUGAGAAGAUCGAGUUUCCUCAGUUAAGAUUUUUAACAUUACAAUCAUUACCAGCAUUUUGUUGUUUAUCCACGAACUGUAAGAUGCCUUUAAUCUCACAAUCAUUUGAAGACCAAGUGCCAAACAAGGAGAUCAAGGAAAUUACUUCAGCAUCUGAACAAGAUAACAAUUGUUUCCUUUCGCUCUUCAAUGGAAAGGUUUCGAUUCCCAAAUUAGAAUGUUUGGAGUUAUCCUCUAUCCACAUCCCACAGAUAUGGAAUGAUCAAUCUUUGCAUUCUUUUCAAAAUUUGGUUAAGUUGAAGGUAUCAGACUGUGACAAUUUGAAAUAUUUAUUGUCAUUCCCCACAGCUGGAAGUCUAGUGAAUCUCCAGAGCCUUUUCGUAAGUGGAUGUAAAUUGAUGGAGGACAUAUUUAGUACAAAAGAUGCAACGGUGUGUAGAAAUAUUGAUAUUUUUCCUAAGUUGAAGGAAAUGGAGAUCAACUACAUGAAACAACUGAAUACCAUAUGGCAGCCCCAUAUGGGUUUUAAUUCCUUUAACCGUUUGGAUUCUUUGAUAGUAAGAAAAUGCAACAAACUAGUUACAAUAUUUCCUAAUCACAUUGAAAAAGGGUUUGAGAGCCUUCAAAGUUUGGUGAUUACUGAUUGUACGUCAGUGGAAACCAUAUUUGACUUUGGGAAUAUUCCACAAACUUAUGGUAGAAGUGAGUUAAACUUGCAUGAUGUCUUCUUAAAAGGGUUGCCAAAGUUGGUACAUAUAUGGAAGUUGGACACUGAUGAAAUUCUUAAUAUUAAUAAUCUGCAAAGCAUUGUUGUUCACAAGUGUAAAAUGUUAGAAUAUCUGUUUCCACUCUCGGUUGCAAGUGGCUUAGAAAAACUGGAAACGCUUGAUGUAUCUAAUUGCUGGGAAAUGAAGGAGGUUGUUGCUUGGAACAGUCGAUCAAAUGAAGAAGAUGUCACCAUUAGGUUCCCUCAGCUAAAUACUCUGUCGUUACAGCAUUUGUUUGAACUCAGGAAUUUCUAUCCAGGAACACACAGUUUAGAAUGGCCAUUGUUGCGAAAAUUUUCUUUACUCGUUUGUAGCAACUUGGAAGAAACCACAAAUUCACAAAUGAAUCCAAUCCUUCUAGCCACAGAAAAGGUGAUUCACAAUUUGGAAUAUAUGUCAAUAAGCUCGAAGGAAGCAAAGUGGUUACAGUUCUACAUUGUUAGCGUCCAUAGAAUGCACAAAUUAAAAUCGCUUGUCUUGUCUGGAUUGAAGAAUACUGAAAUUGUCUUUUGGUUGCUUCAUAGACUUCCUAAUUUGGAAAGCCUAACAUUGAUGAAUUGUCUCUUCAAAGAGUUUUGGGCUUCUACUAGCCUUGCCACAGAUGAAAAAAUUGGGAUUGUCGUGCAACUGAAGGAGUUGGUGUUUAACAAUGUGUGGUAUUUACAGAGUAUAGGUUUUGAACAUGGCCUGCUUCUUCAGAGGGUGGAGCACUUAGUCGUUUCUGGAUGUCCAAAAUUGAAAAGCUUAAUGCCACCCCUGGCGUCUUUCAGUUACUUGACGUAUUUGGAAGUAACUGAUUGUUUAGGAUUGUUAAAUUUAAUGACAUCCUCAACUGCCAAGAGCUUGGUUCAACUCCUAACCUUGAAGGUAAGUCUUUGUGAAGAUAUGAAGAAAAUUAUUAAGAAAGAGGAAAAACGACAAGUGAUUGAGUUUAGACAACUAAAAGCUAUUGAAUUGGUGUCCCUAGAAAACCUCACUUGUUUCUGCAGUUCUGAGAAGUGUGACUUAAAGUUCCCCUCGCUUGAAAAUUUAUUAGUGAGUGAUUGCCCUAAGAUGGAAACAUUCUGUGAAAUCCAAAGUGCACCUAAUCUAAGAAAAGUACAUGUUGCAGCUGGUGAAAAAGACAGAUGGUACUGGGAACGCAAUUUGAAUGCCACUUUGAAAAAAAUUUCCACUGAUCAGGUUUCCUUUGAAGAUUCAAAGGAAUUGACACUUAUGGAGGAUAGUCUUGAGGAUAUUUGGUACAAGAAAGUUGUUUUUCCAUACAAUUACUUUGGCAAUUUAAAGAAACUGGUGGUGGAGGACAUUGAAAAAGAAGCUGUGAUUCCAUCUCAAAUACUUGCUUGCUUGAAGAGCCUGGAAGAAUUGCAGGUACAUAAAUGCGAGGCAGUUAAGUUUGUAUUUGAUAUGCUUGACAUUGAGAUGAAGAAAACCAAGGGAAUAAUCUCUCGUUUGAAAAAGCUUGACUUGGAUGACUUGACAAAUUUGACUUGUGUAUGGAACAAAAAUCCUCAAGGAAUUGUGAGUUUUCCCUAUUUGCAAGAGUUGAGACUUGUAAAGCUACAGAAACUUGAAAAUCUAUUCCCUUCAUCCGUUGCCAGGAAUCUUGUAAAACUACAGAAACUUAAAAUACUGAGGUGUGACGGGUUGGUAGAAAUCGUUGCAAAAGAAGAUGCAACAGAACAUGGCACAACUGAAAUAUUUUAUUUCCCUUGUUUGUCUUCCUUUUCUCUUUAUAAGCUGUCAAAGCUUAGUUGCUUUUAUCCAGGAAAACACCUUCUGGAAUGUCCCAUGCUAGAAACCUUGGACGUGUCGUAUUGUCCUAUGUUGAAGCUAUUCACUUCAGAAUUUUAUGGGAAAGGACCAGUUAGAGAGAGUGAAGUCAGUGCUCCCAAUACUGUUAGCCAGCUUCAACAACCUCUCUUCUCUGUUGAAAAGGUUGCUCCAAAACUGAAACAAUUGACACUCAGUGAAGAAAAUAUUAUCUUGCUGAGCCAAGGAGAGUGGCCACACCUCCUUCGCACUUUAAAUAAACUUGAUCUAUCCUUUGAACAUCAUGACAAAGAGAAAGAUACUUUGCCUUUUGAUUUCCUUUUCAAGCUACCCAGUUUACAACGUCUAGUUGUAAGGCGAUGCUUUGGUCUCAAGGAGAUGUUUUCCUCUCAACAACUUGAAGUUCAUGACAGAAAACUUCCAGAAUUGGAAAGAUUAACCUUAUUAAAUCUUCAAGAGCUGGAGUCAAUAGGGUUAGAGCACCCAUGGGUAAAGCCAUUUUCUGUAACUCUGAAAAAGUUGACUGUACGGUUUUGUGAAAAUAUUCAUUAUUUGUUCACCUUUUCAACUGCCGAAAGUUUGGUGCAACUUGAGUUCUUAUAUAUAAAGAAAUGUGGAUUAAUAAGAGAAAUAGUAAAAAAAGAAGAUGAAGAUGCUUCUGCUGAGAUCAAGUUUAGACGGCUCACAACAUUAGAGAUGGAUUCCUUACCAAUGUUAGCAAGCUUUUAUUCAGGAAAGGCCACUUUGCAUUUCUCAAGACUGAAAACAGUCACAGUGAAUGAAUGCCCCAAUAUGAGAACUUUCUCUGAAGGAAGCAUAAAUGCGCCAAUGUUUCAUGGGAUUGAAACUUUAACAGAUGAUUAUGGCUUAACUUUCCACAAUGAUCUCAACUCUACAGUCCAGUGGCUGCUUGUCAAACAGGAGAAUCUUGAGAUGGAAGAAUUUUGGCAUGGCAAAGCUGCGUUGCGAGACAACUACUUUCAAAGAGUAAAAACAUUGGUGUUAAAGAACAUUACAGAAAAUAUUGAGAUUUCAUCUCAAAUCCUUUAUGUCUUAAGGAGCUUGGAAGAAUUGCAGGUGCAUAGCUGCAAGGCUGUGCAGGUAAUAUUUGACAUUGAAACGAUGGAAAGCAAUGGAAUAGUCUCUCCUUUGAAAAAGCUUACUAUAGAGAAGUUGCCAAAUUUGGAGUGGGUAUGGAGACAAAAUACACAAGGAAUGAUCAACUUUCCAAAUUUGCAAGAAGUGAGUGUUGGUGAAUGCAAACGCUUGGCAACAUUAUUCCAUUCAUCCCUUUCCAAAAAUCUCGUAAAGCUUGAGACACUUGAGAUACAGAACUGUGCGAAGUUGGUAUCAAUCGUUGGAAAGGAAGUUGCAAUGGAACAGGAAACAACUACAAUGUUUGAAUUCUCUUGUUUGUCCUCUCUGCUUCUUUAUAAGCUGCCACAACUAAGUUGCUUUUAUCCUGGAAAACACCAUCUGGAAUGCCCAAUAUUAGAAAGCUUAGACGUGUCCUAUUGUCCAGAGUUGAAACUAUUCACAUCUGAAUUUAUUGAUAGUGACACAAAAGAAAUUACAGAAAGUGAAGUUAGUUCUCCAUAUUCGUCGGAGAGUGAAGUUAGUUCUUCAGAUACACUUCAGCAACCUUUCUUCUUUGUUGAGAAGGUUGUUCCCAAACUGAAAAAAUUGACACUCAAUGAGGAACACUUUAUGUUAUUGAGCAAUAAACAUUUGCCACAAGACCUCCUUGGCAAAUUAAACUAUCUUGGGCUAUGCUUUGAAGAUGCUGACAAUGCUGACAGUGAAGAAGAUGCUGACAGUGAAGAUACUGACAGUGAAGAAGAUGCUGACUGUGAAGAUGCUGACAUUGAAGAUGCUGACGGCGAAGAUGCUGACAGUGAAGAUGCUGACGAUGAAGAUGCUGACAGUGAAGAUGCUGACAGUGAAGAAGAUGCUGACAGUGAAGAUACUGACAGUGAAGAAGAUGCUGACUGUGAAGAUGCUGACGGCGAAGAUGCUGACAGUGAAGAUGCUGACGAUGAAGAUGCUGACAGUGAAGAUGCUGACAGUGAAGAAGAUGCUGACAGUGAAGAUACUGACAGUGAAGAAGAUGCUGACUGUGAAGAUGCUGACAGUGAAGAUGCUGACGAUGAAGAUACUGACAGUGAAGAAGAUGCUGACAGUGAAGAUGCCGACAGUGAAGAAGAUGACGGUGAAGAUGCUGACAGUGAAGAUGAUGACAGUGAAGAAGAUACUUUGCUUUUUGAUUUCCUCCACAAAGUACCCAAUUUAGAACAUCUAGUUGUUAGAUGCCUUGGAAUGAAGGAGAUAUUCCCUGCUGAAAAACUCCAAGUUCAUGAAAAGCUUCAAAUAUUAAACCUUGAAAGUUGCCCUCGGUUAAAAAAUUUAGUUCCCAAUUCAGUAUCAUUUAUCAGUCUGAAACAAUUGUCUGUGAACUUCUGUGAAAAGAUGAAGUAUUUAUUCAAAAUUUCAACUGCCAAAAGUUUGGUGCAACUUGAGUCCCUAAUUGUAAAGAGUUGUAAAUCAAUAAAAGAAAUAGUAAAGAAUGAAGCUGAAGAUGAUGAUGAUGAUGAUGAUGAUGAUGAUGAUGAUGAGAUCAUAUUUGGACAGCUCACAACAUUAAGGUUGGAUUCCUUACGAGGGCUAGCAGGGUUUUAUUCUGGGAAAGCUACUUUGCAGUUCUCAUGUUUGAAAGAAGUGCAGAUAGCAAAAUGCCCCAAGAUGAAAAAAUUUUCCAGAGGAGUUGCAAAAGCACCACUGUUUCCCCAUAUAAACUUCGAGAAUAAUCCUAUUUUAAUUGCCGAUAAUGAUCUCAACAACAUUGUCAAGAGUUUGUUCCACAAAGAGGUCUCUGAUUGAGAAAUGCAAACUGAUUUUUCACAAGAGGAGCAUGUUUGAUAGUUGAAAAUCUUAUUUUUGUGUGUUUAUUUUUAUUUUGAGAAAAUGGAUACAUUUCUAUAUUUGCGAUUUUGUAUUUCAUUCUGA